AUGUGUAUUGCCUUUUGGUCGCCGAAAAACCAGCUUGGAUAUCGACUUAUCUUAGCCUCCAAUCGGGACGAAUUUCUCAAUCGACCUAGCUUACCAGCCAACUGGCAUUCGUUUGAGCCAAUCGAUCAAAGCUUACUGCCCGUUUCAGCAUCGGCCGCACUUGAGGCCACAAGUCAAAGUAGUAACAACGAUGGAUUAAACACUCAGAAAUUCGCCCAUGAAAUUAUUUCAGGAAGAGACUCGAUUGCCGGAGGUACCUGGCUGGGAAUUGAUAAACAAACCGGCAAAUUCGGUUUCCUGACAAAUGUGGCCCAUCCACGAGACCACAUAGUUCCGGAUAAGGAGGAAUCGGACAGGUCACCCCAAGACCGUUCGCCACCGGCCAGCAGAGGUCUCAUCAUCCAAGAGUUCCUCCAAGGAAACGAAGGAGUCGAAAGUUGUAUCAAUAAGCUCAAGUCAAGCCGAAUAUCCAAGAACAUGAAUGGAUACAAUUUAGUGAUUGGUCAGAUCGGCAAGAAUGAGAAUGAGCAGGACCGAAUAGCAUUCUUCUGCAACAGAAACCCAGAAGGGAUUGAUGACGAAUUCGGCGGCAUCAUCAACCAUGACCUCGAAGGUCACAAUCAGGGCACAUCAGAAUCCACGCUCGUUUAUGGAUUCAGCAACGGGAUCGCACACCGAGCACCAAUCUGGCCCAAAGUUACCCAGGGAAGGUAUCUGAUGGAAGAUUGCCUGCGAAAGAUUCAAAUGAAUGCGAAUUCUCUGCCAGUGGAUCCUGCUGACGUUGAGACAGAAUUAUUCAAUCUUCUGUCGACUACUGAUGAUUCCACGGAGGACCUACCUUGUAAUAUUUUGAUUCGACCUCAUCAUCGAUUAAGAACACCAGGUGCAUCUGCUAGUAUUGAGACAUGGUAUGCAACCAGGACCCAAACAAUCGUACUUGUCUCCCAAACCACGCCGACUAGAAUCACGUUUGUGGAACGUGAUGCCUUCCAGAUCCAGCACAGCAAUUCACCAGGGGAUGAAUUAGGCAAGCCAGUUUGGAUGGGAGAUGAUUGCUCUUGUUGGAGGAGAUUUGAAUUCCAGCUCCCGUCUUGA